AUGUGGGCACAUUGUCAUACAGAUAAAAAUAUUAAUUAUGGAAUCCAGACAACACAAUAUUCAGAGGCAAGUAAUGCGCAUUUAAAGCAUUUACUUGGUUAUACAGUUCCUUUACCAAAACUAAUCAAUAUAUUAGAAAAAUUGUUAUGCCAACAGAUUCAACAUUCCCAGUAUCAGCAAUAUCAUCUAUGUGGAACUACUUGGCAACAAUGUCCUAUAUUAUUAAAAAAGCAAAUAUCAAAUGCUUGUGAAACAUCUAUCAAUCAACAAAUAUUAACUAAAAGCACUCUUGAUUUAUUAAAAGAUGUCGAAGCAAUUUGUAAUCGUGUAGGUCAUAUUGAAAUAAAAAGUGACCUGGUACUUUUUAUAAAUCAGUUAAAUGAUAAAUAUCCAUUAUUACAAGCUAAUAUUGAAGAUCCUAAUACUAUAAAAACAAAAGGACGACCAAAUAAUACUAAAUGUAAAAGAACAG